AACGACCGCUCAACACUAUUGUUUUGCUAGCAGUGAGUACAGGUCGGUGGGUGAGUAGAGUGCGCUGGAAGAGCGAUGGCGGACGAGCAGGAGAUCAUGUGCAAAUUGGAAAACAUUAAGGAAAUAAGAAACAAGACCAUUCAAAUGGAGAGGAUAAAGUCUCGUCUCAAGAGUGAAUUCGAAGCAUUAGAGUGUGAGGAGAAGCACCUGAAGGAGUACAAACAGGAGAUGGACCUUUUGUUGCAGGAGAAGAUGGCCCACGUGGAAGAGUUGCGCCUGAUACAUGCUGACAUAAAUGUGAUGGAGAAUACAAUAAAGCAGUCUGAAAAUGACCUCAACAAGCUGCUGGAGAACACAAGGCGCCUUCAUGAUGAGUAUAAACCACUGAAGGAACAUGUGGACACACUGAGGGUGGCGCUGGGCCUGCAGAGACUCCCGAGUCUCUGUGAUGAGGAGGAGAAGCUGUCCCUCGAUUAUUUUGAGAAGCAAAAAGCCGAUUGGCAGACAGAGCAGCAGGAGCCAUCGAUCCCAGAAUCCCUGGUGGCGGCUGCUGCUCAGCAGCUGCAGGUCUCUCGGAAACAGGAUGCCCGGCAGACGGCUGCAUUCCGGCAGCAGCCCCCCCCAAUGAAGGCAUGCCUGUCUUGUCAUCAGCAAAUCCACCGUAACGCUCCCAUAUGUCCGCUGUGCAAAGCCAAAAGCCGCUCCAGAAACCCCAAGAAACCUAAACGGAAGCCAGACGAAUGAUGUCACUCCAAAAAAAUUUCUAACUUUUGUCAAUACUUGUUUUCUUACUUUUAAAUGCUUAUGUGUGAGAUGAAAAAGAAAUAUCAUUUCAGUGCCAGUAGCUGGAUUAAGAAAAUCAUUUUGUUGGCCUUCAUCCUGAAAUGCUGAAAUGUAGAUCUCAGUGUGAACAGGGGUGGGCAGUCCUGUCCCCACUAAUUCAAAUAGUGAAAAAAGAAGCGCAUUCAGUACUAAUACUAAUUAGUAUUAAUUUACUAAUUACUAAUACUAAUUUAAGUACUAAUUUAGUAUGGUACUUUUGGACAGCAGGUACGGUUGCAGUUAGAGCUGCCAGUUCUGGACUCAGAGGUCACACGUUCCAAUGCUGUAGCACCCUUGAUCAAUGUACUUCCCCAGUAAAAAGUAGCUAGUUUUAUAAAUUGAUAAGUUAAAGUAACUAGAUUAACAUUGUAAGUUACUUUGGUAAGAAAUGUUAAGGUAAAUGAAUAUUAACUAAUGUGAAUGAUCACGUUAAGCACUGGAGGUUUUGCUUACUGGGUGGGUUGCGGUGGCGCGGCGGGUUCGAGCCUUGCUUGGGGUGCCUUGCGGCGGACUGGCGUUCCAUCCAGGGUGUGUCCCCUCCCUC